UAAACCCAAACCGAACUCUUCACUCUUUCAAGCCUCUCCGAUUCUCUUAAAAAUACCAAUACACAACUUCUCUUUUCUCAUACAACAUGUCUAAGUCCACCAUUCUUCUCAUCCUCCUCUUCGCUUCCCUAUCCUACGCCAUCGACAAUCACAUUCAAAAAUCAUCACCACGAAGCGACGAUGAGGUGAUGGGUUUAUACGAAGAGUGGCUCGCGAAACAUGGGAAGGCGUACAACUCCCUCGGAGAGAAAGAUAAGAGGUUUGAGAUUUUUAAGGAUAAUUUGAAAUUUGUUGAUGAACAUAAUUCUGAGAACCGGACGUACAAGGUCGGGAUGAACCGAUUUGCUGAUCUUACCAAUGAAGAGUACCGGUCCAGGUACUUGGGUACGAGGACCGAUGCUAAGAGGAGGUUUGUGAAGUCCAAGGUGGGGUUGAGCCGGAGAUAUGUCGUCCGAGGCGACGAGGAGUUGCCGGAGUCUGUUGAUUGGAGGACCAAAGGUGCUGUUGCUCCGAUUAAAGAUCAAGGGGAUUGUGGGAGUUGCUGGGCGUUCUCGACGGUGGCGGCGGUGGAAGGCCUAAACAAGAUAAAAACCGGCGAACUGAUCGAGCUUUCUGAGCAAGAACUCGUCGACUGUGAUCGAGCAUACGACGCUGGUUGCCAUGGCGGCCUCAUGGAUUACGCUUUCCAAUUCAUCAUCGAAAAUGGCGGCAUCGACUCCGAAUCCGACUACCCUUACCUCGGCGUCGAUGGCCAGUGCGAUCCCACUAGGAAGAAUGCCAAGGUUGUGAGCAUCGAUGACUACGAAGAUGUACCGCCCUUCGACGAGUUGGCUUUGAAGAAUGCUGUAGCUCACCAACCUGUUAGCGUUGCCAUUGAAGCCUCCGGCAGAGCUUUGCAACUCUAUCUUUCGGGCAUAUUCACUGGUGAAUGCGGGAUGGCAUUGGACCAUGGUGUUGCCGUGGUUGGUUAUGGCAAAGAAAAUGGUGUGGAUUACUGGAUUGUGAGGAAUUCUUGGGGAGCUAGCUGGGGUGAGAGUGGAUACAUCAGGAUGGAACGUAAUGUGGUUGCGACCUACACUGGCAAGUGCGGAAUUGCAAUGCAGGCUUCUUACCCCAUCAAGGAUACCGAAAUACCAUGGACUUAUGGAGAUGCAGAAACAGGGAUAAGCAGCUCUUGAAGUGUCUUUGAAAUUGGCUGCAGAAAGUGAAGGGAGGGAAGGUGCAAGCGAUGAUCGUACGCUUUGUCGCUCCCUCUUGAUUGAUUAGUAUAUGCCCUAAUUUCCUUCUAGGUUUUAAGUCACCAAUGGAUGAAUGGGCUUUUGAUUUUUAUUUGCAUGAUCAUUAUUGUACAUAUAUUUUCAUUCAUCGGAACUGUGCUUGGAAACAAACUGAUAUUGUUGGAAAGCACUUUUGUGUAAGUCUGUCACUCGAUCCUUGUGUCACCAGCUCAUCCGUUACUAGUUCAUUUAUAGAUGUAUGCUUGUUCUUGUGUUCAAGACUCUCUCUCUCCAAUGUGGAAAGUUAUUAUGGGAUCUAUAAUCAGUACCUCA